UGAUUAUGAACUUGAUUGUAUGCCACCUCAUGGUUUUAUUCAUGUUUUAUCAUUGACUGACAAAAUAUCAGAAUUCAGAAGCGUAAUUAAUAAGCAGAAAAUAUCUGGAAAUAUUGAUACACCCGAAGGAGGCUUUGAUGCUAUGCUUCAGGCAGUGGUUUGUCAGAGCCAUAUUGGUUGGCGUAAAGAAGCAAAACGGCUGCUUCUCAUGAUGACUGAUCAGACAUCUCAUUUGGCUCUUGACAGUAAAUUAGCAGGGAUAGUAAUUCCAAAUGAUGGAAAAUGUCAUUUGAAAGAGAAUGUGUAUAUCAAAGCAAACAGUAUGGAGUACCCAUCACUUGGCCAACUUUCUGAAAAGCUCAUAGACAACAAUAUUAAUGUAAUAUUUGCAGUCCAAGGAAGCCAAUAUCAUUGGUAUAAGGAUCUUUUGCCUCUGCUACCUGGAACUGUUGCAAAACAAAUAGAAUCAGAGACAGCAAAUCUUGGAGAUUUGGUACUAGAAGCUUACAAGAAGCUGCUUUCUGAAGUGAAAAUUCAAGUCGAUAACACCCUCAAAGAUAUACAUGUCAAAGUUACUGCAAUCUGUCCUGAUGGAAGUAGAAAAAUGGGUUCAGAGGGAUGCAAGAACGUCAAAUCUUCAACUGAAGUAUUCUUUAAUAUUUCUAUUGCCAUGAAAGAAUGUGAUGCAACUGACAGAAGAAACCAUGUGAUGAUAAAACCCCUUGGUUUCAACGAAUCCUCUAGAAUUAACAUCCAUAAAAGAUGUGUGUGUCAAUGUGAGGACAGUGGAAAACACAAAAAAAUCUGCAUCAAUGAAAGCCCUCUUGAUGAUGAAAUAUCCACCUGCAAGGAUGGAAUAUGUGGUUCUAGUGAAAAAUUAUCUUCGGAGCAAUGUAAGAUGGAACUGGACCAUCUUCUAUGCAGUGGACAGGGAGAAUGUGUAAACGGGAAAUGCAUUUGCUAUAAAAACAAAUAUGGUACAAUAUAUGGUAAAUACUGUGAAAAAGAUGACUUUUCCUGCCCAUAUUACCUUGGAAAACUAUGUGCUGGCAAUGGAGAAUGUGAAGCUGGCAAAUGCAAGUGUUUUAGGGGCUGGGAAGGUGAUCGCUGUCAGUGCGCCUUAUCUUUGCAAAAACACUGCAUGAACUCAAAUGGCCAAAUCUGCAGUGGAAGAGGAAUUUGUGUAUGUGGGAAAUGCAGGUGUGCUGACCCCAACAGCUUAGGAUCUUUGUGUGAAUUCUGUCCUUCUUGUAGGAAAGUUUGCAAUGACAAGCGCAAUUGUGAAUCUUGCCGACACUUCAACUCUUCACAUAAUACACUUGGCCAAUGCAAAACCACUUGCAAUUAUAGAAUGCAUUAUCUUGAAAGAUCAGAAUGCCUUUCUGAUGAUCCGAGUUAUUUCAGAAUAUUUUUCAUUAUAUUUAUAAUAACGUUUUUGAUUGGUUUGCUUAAAGUAUGCAUAAUCCGUCAGAUAAUUGUAUAUUGUGACCAUAGUAGAAUCAAGUCUUCAGCAGGUUAUAGAGUGCCUGCAGCCAAAAAGGAUAAGACCUUCUUGCCUACUGUUUGUGCAAAAACAGUAACUUACCGGCGUGACAAGCCUGAAGAAAUAAACAUUGACAGGAGACAAAUAAAUGAAGCAUUCAAAUGCAGCUCUUGAAGACAAGAAUCUGUUUCUUCAGAUCUUUUGUUUUCUUGGUUGAGAAUGUUUUUUAAAAUAUAUUUUUUAAUGCUGUGGGAUUUACAAUUUUGAACACUGUAAUUUAAAAAAAAAACUGACUUGGGAACCUAGUUGCACACUGCCUAGGUUUCAGAAAGAGCUGCUUGUUCAAAACAAAAACAAAUGUGCAUUAACUACUGUUUAAUGUGAUUAAAAUACCGGUUGCAGCUAAAAUGUAUUUAGAUUAGCAUACAGUUGAGUCCCAUUUAAUAGUGAUAGGAUAACAUUGGCUUACAUGGAAGUGUUCUGGAACUUGGAUUUUAUAUUGAUUCUUAAGGCCAUUUGGUAUUGUAGCACUUUAACAUAAUAUAACUUAUUUAGUUGUGUUAUAGAUUAUUAAUUAAAACAUUUGUGGUAAAAAUGCACUGUUCUCACUUUAGAAGUAGCUAACAUGGAUGAGGAUUAUAAUCACAAACUCCAAAAUCCUGUUCUAGAAAACUGUAACUGACAGAAAUAAAUAAAUCAAAUAUCCAUAAGUCUUCCCAUUCUGAACAUUUGGGAGAGAGUGAAAGCAGGGAUAAAACAAAUGAAUAUUAAAAACUCUGUUAGAAGGUACAGUUGCUCCGUAUUCUUCCAACCUUGGUGGAUUGGAAGCCCAGUAUUUUCUAAUUGCACUAGUUUGGAAGAAAGUGAAAAAGUAUGCUUUCAUCCAGUUUGCUCAAAAUAUAUGGAAAUUGUCCCAAACGUAUUUUAUACAGUAGUAAUUCUCAUGGAAUAUAUUUCCAUGACAAUAUUGCUUGCAAAUGUUCAAAAGCUAUUAUGAGGAGUCUAUUCUUCCUGGCAGGUGAGUAUAUCUUAGAAGGCAAAACCACAUGCCUAAGGAAAGAUGUCUACAGAGUAAGGUCAAAGAAGUAAGAUGGCGGCAUUGACAGUAAAAAAAUGAAGCUUAGCCUGUUUUUUUUGCUGCAUCAAGCAUCAGUGUAGUCGCCAUCUUUAUGUAUUUUUUUUACUAUAGUCUGCAAACACCCUAUUUCCAAAUGAAGCACAAAUCCUAUGAGUCAGGAAAUUGAUCACUACAUGUUUAUUUACUUUCUUGUUGCAUUUAAUUUGCUUCAAAGUCUUCCUAAAAAUCGGUUAGAUAUUUUUUUCUGUAAAAGAUAGGAGUAAAUGUAAUGAACUUUUUUAAUUAAAAUAUUGCAGUAAAAUACAUCGAAUUCUUCACUUGUUAUGCAAAAAAAUAUAGUAAAGUGUUCAGUUGGAGUAAUUUUUAUUGGUUUUGUUCAGAAAAAGAUGAGGAGGCAAAUUUGCCAGAUAAGAAUAAAUCUAGAUCAUGAAUCUGAUGGUAUGAUCCAAAUUAAAGCUACUCAACUAAAAUGAAAAAUAAUAUAUUUAAGCCCAAAAUUUUAUCCAAAAGCAGAGGGAUUUAAGUUUUGGUUAAGUGUGCAGAACAUACAAUAGUAUUUAAAACUUGAUCGUACAUGAAAUUCACAUCUUAAUACCCUGCUGAUGGAAUUUUUAUUGGUAUUCUAUUGGUGUGUUAUACCGAUAGCAAUUUCCAGGCAAAUUUGAAUAUCUGAAAAUAUGCACAUAUCCUGUACAUUAUUUUUAUUUUUUUAUUUUAACAGAAAUAGGAAAUUGGACAUAUGCUCUGUUAAUGCUUAAAUUGCACAACUGCAAAACAAAUUUUAUUACUGGAAAAAUAAAAUCUGUGGUUUUAUUUGGAUUAUCGUUAGGUCCCUAUUUUGCACACUCAAAAAAAGGUACUAAGUGUUAAAAUAUUUUGUCUAGUACAAUAUCUAGAAUUUCUGAUCAGGCUUUUCUACAGUUUCCUAUAUAGAUACAAUUAAACUAAACCUAACUGAAAAUGUAUAUUUUUUAGUGUUUUCUGAUGCUUUUAUAUAAUGUGUACUGUUCUGUUUUCCUUUUUUAAGCAAAAAAGGGUGAAUCAGUUGUGCUUUUGUGGAUUUAGAUUUUACUAUGUAGAUUCUUUCUAGGAAAGAAAUAUGCAGAGAAUAAUAUCUUAUCAAAUUAAUAAUUUUAAGAAGUUGAAUUCCUAUUCUGUUUUACUAAAUAUUUUGUAGUGUCUGUGACUAACUCUUGUUUCCAUUUAUUUAUUGAUUUGUCACAUUAGUAUAUUGUGAGAAAGUCUAUUUUUCUAUGAAAGGUACAAUAGUUGAACAUUAAAUUAAUACUAGAUAAUACA